AUGCUGAAAGAAGUGGAACUGUUGGCCACUGAGGCGAUCGAUACGAUUGGAAACUGGAUUCAAGGAGCGAAGUUGCAGAUAUCCCAGCACAAUACGGAAGUGCUGUUGGUCAGCAACUGCAAAGCGGUGCAGUGGGCAGAAAUCACCGUCGCCAUAGCCUCGAAGCGCGUGCUGAAAUACCUGGGACUGAUGUACAACGAUCGGCUAAAUUUCAACAGCUACGUUGACUGCGACUGCGAGAAACCGGUGAAGGACAUCAACGCGGUUGCCAGAAUCAUGCCGAACAACUCUGAAGCAAUCAAUAGACGUCUCCUGGCUAGUAUAUCUACGUUGAUACUGAGGUAUGGAGGUCCAGCCUGGGUUGCAGUGCUGUAA